GACCUGCUGAGCAGGGGCGAGGCGCGGGCGCCGGCGGCGCCCGCCCGGCCAUCGGCGCCCCGCGAGCGCGCGGACAGCGAGAGCGUCUUCUCGUACCGGCCGGGCCGCGCCACGAUGGCCGUCGGCCAGGUCGCCGAGUUCAAGCCAUCGGUCGAGGGGCCAGUGCAUAGGUUUUCCCCCGUCGCGCCGUUGCCUGCGGAGUUCGCUCUCAACGUGGCGACGGGCGUGAUCACCGCUUCGCCGACCACGCAGUUUUCACAGAUCACGCUGGUCAUCCAGGCAGAGCUCUACGAUGGGCGAUGUCUGCGGGGGAUGCUGCAGGUCGACUCGGUGGAUUUUUCGCUCGGCGGAUACGUCCUCGGUCACAUGAGUGAGGUGGCGCCGGGCAGAUACAUGAUGCUCCUCUAUGUGCCCGAGGGCGACGAGAGCCCGCCGCCCCAGAACAUGGUCCUCAACAGCACGGAGGCCACCGCGAACGUGGCGAGGCCGAUGCUGCUGGGGAUGAACGCGCCGGCGGCCUGGAAGCAGGGGGCCGAGCAGCAGGAGGCCCAGCGGCAUCUCAGCGGCCGCGACGACCCGCGUGGCCUCGUGCAGAAGCUGGCGUCCGGGGGCUGCUCCCUGAGCGAGUCGAACAUGCUCGGCCACCCAGACCUCGGCACGGAGCUCGCGCCCACGCUGGGCUCGCUCACGCACAGCCUGGGGCAGUGCAAGCCGUGCGCCUUCGUGUUCAAGGAGGACGGCUGUCAGAGCGGCAUCCACUGCAAGUUCUGCCACCUGUGCGACCAGGGCGAGAAGCGGCGGCGCCUGAAGGAGCGGAAGGAGGGCCGGCGGGCUCUGGAGGCCGAGCCGACGCGGUAGCCCUCUGAGCCGGCGCGCGCUCGGGGUGCGGCGCCUGGGUGCGUCGCCUGCUGGGGGGAGGGGUCGACUAACCGGAUCUGGGCUGGGCCAGGGUUGGGGGCCGUCCGCCGCUGCCGUGGAGGUGGCCUUGCAU